AUGGAGAGCUCUGAAAACCCCCGGCCGCUACUGCAGCGCCCAGAGAGUUGUGGCAUUGAUGUUAUAGACUUCUCCUUCAGCAAGCCCGCCUCACACAAGCCCUCGUACUCGCGAAACCUGACCAAGCAACCUACCAUCCCCCAUCCUGCAAUUGAUGAUGCCCAAUCUUCAAGAGAACCAAUGAGAGAGGAAGCAGGUCGCAAUUAUCAACUGACCAGGCCAGACACUCCACUCAAUCCUCGCAACGUUGGGAAGGAAGGAAUCCCCAAGCCAUCAAUCCCCGCGAGACAACCUGUGUUUUCCCAGCCUCCAGGCCGGCCAUCGACAGCAGCUGAACCUAACAAAGACAGCGGUAGUGGGUCUACGCCUGGAGAUCCAGGGAAACAAUGUCUCGGACAAGAAAGGGCGGUGCUUGUUCCUCGGCCGAACGAGCCCACCGGGGCUGAUACCCCCCGAGAGACUAUUGGCCCUGCAGGAAGGGCCGUUGACACGAACCAAGAGCGUGUUUCUGACAUUGAGAAGACAGGUGAAGCAGAUUCUGCCUUACCCGACUCGCCCCAGGUACAACAGCCUCGCAGAGAGAGACAUGAGAUACCAGAGUACCCACGCUCUCGUGUACCUCUCAAGCCUAUAAACAAUCAGCUUCAGGCCUCAAAGCGACUCCGUCCUCCCGAGAAGGAAGCAUCUUCCAAGCAGCAGGCACCGCUCGUCGGUGGCAAGAAUGGCGUUCAGCUCAGUGAGGAUGAUCUAUUUGAGCUUCUCAUCAAGAGAAUGAAACAGCGAGAGGAAAGCGAGCAAGCUGCUGCAGCUAUCCAACGGCAAGUCACGAAUGAGAACAUGGGCUUGAAGGAAGAGAAUCUUAAUAUGCAUGACCGGCUCAAGAAAUGCCAAGGACAGCUCUCCAAAGCAUCAUCCGAGUCAAGGUCUCAGCGCGCCCAAAUAGACAAAUGGAAGGCGAAACUUGGCACAUUCAAAGGUGUCCUCAACGAACUCGGUCGUGAAUAUGGCGUAGUUCGGGAGCAAGCCAAAGAAUUGAAAGAAGCGACUAUGUCUCUUGAGAGAGAAAAAAGCGAGAUCCAACGCAGUUUGAACGAGAUUCGGUUGAAAGUUUCGAAUAAUGCAGAAACCAUUAAAGAUCAACGCGAGAGACUUUCAAUUUCUGAGGCAACGGUUGCAAGCUUGAGAGAAGCCUUGGACCAUUCAGAGAAAAGAGGCGAUUUGACAAAGUCUCAGCUAUCCAACGAGAAAAAGCGAAUCGCGACCCUAGAAGCCUACAUCCAAAAUGAGUCUCAGAGCCAGUCGCGAUACUUGGCCCUUGUCAGAAAUGACCAGCGCAAGAUGGCCGAAAAACUUGACUCUGCCUGCGAGCUGUUCACCACAUCCUGUUUCAAAUCCCAGGAUAAUAUCUUGGCAAAACUGAGUCCGACGCUUGAACAUUGUCUCGCUUCUGUUCAGGGGUUCAAAGAACAGUGCGCUAGCGAGACUAUGAAUGUCCAAGACUUCACGAACAGCGUUCAUGAGGCAACAUCUCGUUUCAAUUCCUUGGCCGGACAGGUCGCAAGCGACGUCGACCGAAGUACGGAAAUGAGCAAAAAUAUGUUCCAAGCCCUCCAAGAAGCUGUUCAAGCGAUUGAAGGCAACUGUGGUCCGUAUUCGUCAAUUUUCAAACAGCUUGCUAGCAGUGAGAGUUGCUACGGAAAUCUGCAACAACGGCUUCAGACUGUUGAGCCAGUCCUUGACAGUCUCGGGGCUUCUAUCAAGGCCGUGGGAAUAACAGAAACAGACCUUGUGCGUGGGUUAGAAACGUUCGGUCAGAAGCUUUCCGAUGCUCGAAUUCCAGCAGGAAAUCCUGUGUUGGAAAUGGAGGUUUCCAAUAAGUUUGCCGAAAAUACUCAAUUGCAACUUCAACUGCAAGAAAUAUCGAUUGAGGUUGAGUCCCUUCGAAAGCAGCUUGCUAACAAAUCAUCCGAGAAUCAACAUCUUCAGCAUGCGUUGACCGAAAGUGUUACGAAUGAACAAGCGUCCAAAAGUCAAAAUUCCCGGCUGGAAAUUGAGAAGACGGCCUUGCAGGGUGAGCUUCAAUUGCUCGAACAAAGAAUCCGAGAAGAGUUGGGCGCCGCAGGCAUCAAAUUGCAGGGUGAGAUGAGAGCGAAAUUCGAACAACAAGUUCAAGGCCUUGAGACAGAAAAGGCGAAGCUAGAAAGAGACUUCAAAACCCUCCAGACGGAGCUUGCAACUACCCAAAGCUCUUUGGCAAUCGAGAAUGAGCGAAUCGCAAAGGCCUCUAUUGUCCGAGAAUCAGAGAAACGGAUCACGGAAGUGAAUGUUUCUUGCUCGAAAUAUAUCACAGAGGCCAAAGCCAAUGAGGUCGAAACAAGCUUAUUGAAGGGCUCCGAAUCGGGUCUCUUAGCGGAAAAGGAGAGGCUUCUUGGACAGCUUGAACAAGCGAAAGGAAAGACAAUCGAGCUUGAAACGAGCCUGGAGCUGAAGACGGAGUCUGUGACGCUGAAAGAUAAAGCAAUACAGCAAGCAGAAAAGAGGGUUGAGAUGCUUGAGGUGGAGACAGCCCAGAAGAAUGAAGAACUUGCAGCGAUCAAAGAAAACCUCGCCAUACUCAAAUCACGGUCGUCUGCUUUAGAGAAGGUCGGGGAGGAAGCUGAUGCUGAAAUAAUUUCACUCCUCCGUCGGGCCCAGGAGGCUGAAAGUUGGCAAGCAACCAUAAGACAAGGGAUUGCGAAGGUGAUCGAGGUGCAUCCUGACGAGCCUUUCGAGCAAACAUGGCAGACACUGGAAGACAUUAUUCAGUCCUCGCUUGCCCAGCCAUCCAUUAUAGGCGAUACAUCUUGCACUAAGCUUCACCACACGGCGAAUAUGGAGGCAAUUGAAGGCAGCAACCUUGCACUAGAGCCAACAGAGGGGGAACACCACAAUCUGUUGGAGGUAAAUGAAUCAACCCAGGGGGCUCUCAAGGCUGCUGGCAACAUGCAGAAGACAGAUGGUCCGCUAGCAUCCAAUAUUUGUAGCCCCCCGAAGGCUUCGAAACAUGGUGAUUGUGUCGACUCUUUGCCCAAAUUCCCGGCUGGUCCCAAUCAUAUUGUUCCGUUUUCAAGUCUGCAUGAUCGACUUUCACGCGAAAAUAGUCUGUCACUUUUCAAUGAUCCAGCUGAGCUCGAAAUGCUCUUUAUGUCAACUCCAGAUCUCCCGGGGGCGCUGGUGCCAAACGAUGCCCCAAACAAAGCACAAGAACACCAAAAGGUUCCAGCUGAGCCUCUAAACAUGGGUCGAGAUCUCAAUGAACCUAGCCCUGCUAUCGGGAUACAACCCCUCAGCGCUGAUGACGGCAAAGCUGGAAAACCCCAGUCGGCUCUUGAAAAGAUUGACAGUUCGCUUGUUGAUAAAUCCGCCAAGCAGGAACAGUCCAACACCAAACGUAAAGUAGUCAGCUUCGAGGGGACGCAUGUUAUCACCCAGACAGAGGUUGGCAAAGCUAGACGAAUGUCAGACGCGACAGACAACAGUUCUGGAAGAGAGUCCGAAAGUAAGGAAGUAAAGAGAACGCAGCAACGGACUUACAGCCGCCUUCGCCAGUCUGUGGCACAGUCAGAAACUUCAAUUGAAACGACUACAGAGAUGCAGCCUGCCAACAAAGCUUUGGCGGGAAAGUCUGAACAGGGAUCAAUGAACAAGACUGACCACCCUCCAAAUGCGAACCCAAGGCCACCGAAGAGACCACGAAACGUAGCCGAUGGCCCGGAGCGACGACUGAGUCCGAAGGGUUUGGCUUCAGGCAGCAGCAGGGGAAACGCAGCCGGCCAAACUAGCACUAUCCGAGGCCGGAGUAAGCGCCGUACUCGAGGAGACCGCUACAACCAGCGCUUCCGCCAAGAUGCCGGCUGA